CCUCUCACAACCAACAUCAACAACUUCACGACAUCCCAAUUCAAAAUGCCUCCCACAAUGCCACUCCUCCGCUCAAUUGCGCGCAUCCCGUCUCGCCAGACACCACUCCCCGUCCUAGACUUCCUAGCUCCGCGCACAAUUGCGAUUCCCCAUCGCCAGAUAUCACCACCGUCAUCAUCAUUAUCAUCGCGCCACCACUCAACCGCAUCAACAACAACCAACAGCACCAACAACACCAACCCCAACUCCACCCCCUCUCCCGCCCCAAAGUACCCCUCCAUGCGCUCCCCCCUCACACCCGAGCAGUCCUCCUUCCUCGACUCCGCCCUCCGCGUCAACCAAGCCGGCGAGCUCGCCGCGGUGCUAAUCUACGCCUCGCAGACGCCCCCUCUCAUCCGCGCGCACCCCAACCUGCGCCCACUGAUGAAGCACAUGUACGACCAAGAAGCCGGGCACUUCCAGUACUUCAACGCGCUGAUCGCGAAGCACCGGGUGCGCCCGACGGCCAUGUAUCCCGUGUGGCACGCGGCGGCGAGCGUGCUGGGGUGGGGCACGGCGGUGAUGGGGCGGGAGGCGGCGAUGGCGUGUACGGAGGCGGUGGAGACGGAGAUCGGGUCGCAUUACAAUGAGCAGGUUAGGGUGCUGUUGGACUGGGCGGAGAAGAUGGAGGGGAGGGGCGAGGAGGUGAGUGCGGAGUUUAAGGGGAUGGUGGGGGAGUUGAGGAGGAUUAGGGAUGAGGAGUUGGAGCAUUUGGAUCAUGCGGUUGAGAAUGAUGCGAAGGGUGCCAGGCCGUAUGAGUUGUUGACGAAUGUUAUUAGGGGGGGCUGUAGGACGGCGAUUUGGAUUACGGAGAGGGUUUGAGGGGGUAGGGAGCUCUGUGUGUGUAGUGUAGGAUAUUGUGUGUCAUGUACAUAAAGAAGUAUUUGAUGUUGGAAAGUCCGCUGUGGACUGUGUGGAUUCCUAUGGAACGAUAUGCUAAUUUUCAAUCCUAACGAUGCUGCAAUGCCUAUUCAAGACCAUGUCCUAGAAACGCCAUUACUAUGAAAGGGUAUACGUCAAAUCAUUCAAAG